AUGUCCAAGAAGCAGACGUGGUGCUCCGUGAGGGCUACGAAAAGGCAAGCCCCCUCUGGCCGUGCUCAUACGCGACUAGCUGACAUCGAACUGCGACAGUUCAAGAACUCAAUCUUUCAGGUCGUGACACCUGACGGUCCCAGAGUCUUCCUACCGAGGAAAUAUGCCCAUGACUUGAAGAAGUACACCCGCCAUGAGGCGAGUGGGAUGAAGGCCCUGGCGGACGUGAGUUUUCCGCCCGCGCAUGUUGUUCGGCAGCAAGUUGACAGAUCGCAGCGUCAUAUCGGCAAUUACACCACCAUCGACCACGAAAGUGAUAUUAUGCUGGGUGCCAUCAAGAUAGAUCUGAAUCGCAACCUUGGGACCUUCGUUGGCGACGUGGAGCAAGAGGUCGCCCACUGCUUCCAGACCCAAUUUCCAUCGUGCAAUGAAUGGACACCUAUCGAUCUCCAUGACAAGCUCCUAAGAGUUGUGGCACAAGCCUCAGCUCGAAUCUUCGUGGGUUACCCGAUGUGUCGAAACGAAGAGUGGUUGGACUGCAGUACGAGCUUUGCCAUGGACGCCAUGAACGGAGGCGAAAAGUUGAAGCAAUGGCACCCAUACUUGCGGCCAGUCGCCCAAUGGUUCGUGCCCGAGAUGCGGCGCAUACGCGGCGACCACCGACACGCCCUCGCAUUGUUUCUACCGGAGCUGGAGAGACGAGCAGCGAAAGCCGGUGAUUCGGAUGUCGUGCCACAGAACGACAUGAUUGAAUGGAUGAUCGAGCGGGCUCGAAAUACUGGCGACAAGUCUUUUGACAGCAAGGAGCUAGCCAACUUGCAGGUGCUGACGGCGACUGCAGCGAUACACACAACUAGGCUGGCUAUCAUCCACACGCUGUACGACCUGGCAGCAAGACCGGAGUAUGUUCAGCCUCUGAGAGAGGAGAUAUUGGAAGUGACGAGGGACAGCAACGGGAUACUCCAGAAACAACAUCUCACGCAGAUGAAGAAGCUGGACAGCUUCAUGAAAGAAACACAGCGUCACAGUCCGCCGUCAGUGGCCACCUUCCAGAGGAAGGCAAUGAUACCUAUCGACCUCUCCGACGGCAGCCAUUUCCCAGCAGGCACAAUCUUACAGUGCAACACGAACAUGCUCGAGGAGGCACCAGCCGUCUGGGGCGACCCCUACGCCUUUGACGGAUUCCGCUUCUACAAGCUACGCAGCAAGCCAGAAGACGCCAACAAGUUCCAGUUCGCCAGCCCCAGCUACGACAGCAUGCAGUUCGGCUUCGGUAACGAUGCGUGCCCUGGCCGUUUCUUCGCUAGCAACCAGAUCAAGAUCAUUCUGGCGUACAUAUUGACACACUACGACAUCAAGUUUGAGGAAGGCGUUGUCGGUCGGCCGAAGAACUUCAUGUUUGAGGUCAAUGUUCUUGCUGACCCUACGAAGAUGGUGCUGUUCAAGAAGAUUGGGUGA